AUGCUGGCCGAACCUGUUUACAAGCCCCUUUUCAGCUAUGUGAUUCCAGAAGUACCAAGUACAGCUUUGCAUAACGCCAACGAUUCCUUUUUAACGACUCUACAUAGGCCGGGUAACAAAAGAUCAUGUGAUUUAAUAGUCAUCUUUAACGACGAUCAUGCGUGGUUAUGGCAGCACGCCCCGCAGAACAAGUCGCGUUAUCGCUGGUCACGUGACACUUACUCAGUUCAAGGAGUGGAGAAUACGAAGACUACGGUAUUACAUCUCGUACUAUGUGCGAGACGAUUCGUUAGCGUAAUGUCAUCAUUCCUUCAUUCGCGUGUUGCGUCUCGCGUCUGGCGUUACACGGCCUUGAAAAGCAGUUUCGUCUUGUUACGCGCGGCCUCACUACAACCAAUGGCAGCGUCGGAAGCUGCUGUCGCGAGAGCAAAGUGCAGCUAUUUAACAGGUCAGUAA